UGAGCCCCUGGCAGCAGCUCACCUGGGGGUUUCUUCCUGAGAACAUAGCUGUUUGUUGGUGUUUGGAUUAGGAAGGUUGGGUUUGACUGACCAGCGCUGAAAAGACAACAGGAAGCUGUUAGCGUGUUAUCAGCUAGCUAAACAUGAAUUCGUCAAUAUCAGCUUUCAGCUGCUCGUCUGACGUCGCUGGAAAACCGUGAAACAAACCAGCUCUGCCCUACUUACCUGUACUGACUGACAGUGAGUGUGUCACUAUUUGACACCCGUAACUUGGCGGACAGCGGCACUUGUGUCCCUAAUGGCGACAGUGGAGGAACUGAAGCUGCGGGUGAGAGAGCUGGAGAAUGAAUUGAUAAAGUGUAAGCAGAAGCAGUGUGCCGUGGAGGAUGCUCAAAGCCAGGGACUUCACAGACCGAGGAUUGAUAAAAUGAGCGCCGAAGUUGUGGAUUCCAACCCAUACAGUCGUCUAAUGGCUUUAAAGCGAAUGGGCAUCGUGGAUGACUAUGAGAAAAUCCGGACAUUCACAGUCGCUGUGGUUGGUGUAGGUGGAGUUGGCAGUGUGACAGCGGAAAUGCUCACUAGAUGUGGCAUUGGUAAGUUGCUCCUCUUUGACUAUGAUAAAGUGGAGCUGGCCAAUAUGAACAGACUGUUCUUCCAGCCUCACCAGGCAGGCCUCAGUAAAGUGGAAGCAGCAGAACACACACUCAGGAACAUCAACCCAGAUGUGUCAUUUGAGACCCACAACUACAACAUCACCACACUGGAAAACUUUACACAUUUUAUGGAGCGCAUCAGUCAUGGAGGGCUGGAAGAAGGGAAGCCGGUCGAUCUGGUCCUGAGCUGUGUGGACAACUUUGAGGCCAGAAUGGCCAUCAAUACAGCCUGUAAUGAAUUAGGUCAGAUCUGGAUGGAAUCUGGUGUCAGUGAGAACGCUGUGUCCGGACACAUCCAGCUCAUCAUUCCUGGAGAGACGGCGUGCUUUGCUUGUGCUCCUCCUCUGGUUGUGGCAGCCAACAUCGAUGAGAAGACCCUGAAAAGGGAGGGGGUGUGUGCUGCCAGCUUACCAACAACAAUGGGUGUGGUGGCAGGCAUCCUGGUGCAAAAUGUCCUCAAGUAUCUGUUAAAGUUUGGCACGGUCAGUUAUUAUCUUGGCUACAACGCCAUGCAGGACUUCUUCCCCACCAUGGCCAUGAAAGCCAACCCCCAGUGUAGUGACCGCUACUGCAGGAUACAACAGGAGGAGUAUAAGAAGAAAGAGGCAGAGCGGCCAAAGGUUGACGUUGUUCAGGAAGAGGAGGAGGAGGUCGUACACGAGGACAACGAGUGGGGUAUUGAACUAGUAUCAGAGGUGACUGACGCAGAGUUGCAUGCUGCAUCAGGCAUCGUGCCUGACCUCCCAGAAGGCAUCACUGUGGCUUACACCAUUCCAGCUGAGAGUGCAGCAAGUGGGGAGACAGUGGAGGAGACUGACCAGAGUCUGGAGGACUUGAUGGCUCAGAUGAGAAAGUUGUAGGCAGCAGUCUGACGAUGCAUUCCAGCUCUUCAGACAAGACUCGCCUUUUGUCGCGUCUCUAUUCCAUUGCUUUCUUUGACAACAAGCAUCCUUGUGAAAAAGCCAAUUAAUGUCAAAUAAGGAAUUACAGAAUGAAAUCCUCUGAUAGCUGAAGAGAGGAAAUGCAUGAAAAGUGCUGCUGCGAACAAAGCAGUGAAAUGUGUAAUUUACUGACAUACUGGAAAGGUGUUUAGCACUUGGAAUUGGUACAGCCUCUAAUGAAAUGACUACAAACCUAGAAUAAUAUCACUGUUAGUGCAUUAACAUGUAUCACAAUGUGUAUUUUCUACGGUUUUGAUUAGUGAACGAGUGCCCCAACCUUUUAAUGUACUUGCUCUGUCAUUCACUCAGCUUUAAGAAAAUAUCUGCUGCAACAUUACUGAUGAACAAUGUUUACGUUGUCUCAAUAAAGUAUUUAUUAGAUGGAAUACAAUCUCCUCCAUAUACUGUAUUGGAUGUACAAGGAUGUGAUUGUUGUUGUCCUGUACAGCUUUUACAGAUUUUACAUUAAUAACCGAAUAUUGAAAAACACUGUACAUUGUAUGUACUAUAUUUGGCAAUGAAACACUGGUUUUGGUGUCCCUUUUGGAUUCACGUACAUUCAAUCAAACAAUAAAUCAUUACUUUAUCGUACUUUGACCUGGACACUCAAGUGGCACCAUCGUGGUUUUGGCA